AUGACAACAAAGUAUUCCGUCAUUUUCUGGUGGCUGCUGGACCCUUGGCAGUUCAUGUUCAUCUCUUUAAGCUACCUGCCCUCAACGAUUGUCCGUCUUGUCCGUACAAGGGGCAUCUUCUCUCUUGCCACGCUACAGAGCGAAUGGUUCUCUGAUUUCUGGACCUGGGCAGGGCCCGGCGUGAGGGAUUCAGCCCGGCCAAGGGUCGUCCCACUGCUGCAAGGCCGGGUGCACGCCGGCAGGAUAGUCGACCACGAGGCACACCCUCCAGCUUCCGGGACCGUGCUGGAGAUCGGGCCCGGUAGUGGCAUGUGGGCUGGCUUGUUGGCUUCGACCGAGGCGACGCGCAUCAUAGGCGUCGAGCCCAACACAGCCGUGCACCCGGCCCUCAAGGACGCCGUCAAGAAGCACGACCUUGCAAGCCGCUAUGAGGUGGUGCCACACGGCAUCGAGUCCCUGGCCGACUUGGGAGUCGUGGCCGAGGGUGAAGUCGAUUGCAUAGUCAGCAUCCUGUGCCUCUGCAGCAUACCCGAUCCAGAACACAACAUGCGGCAACUCUACCGCUAUCUCAAGCCCGGUGGGAGGUGGUAUUUGUACGAGCACGUUCGAUGCGAACACAACCUCUUUAUGGUUUUGUAUCAAGCUUUGGUAAACAUAUUUUGGCCUCGCUUCAUUGGAGGCUGCCAGCUUCGGAGGAGGACGGGCGAGCUGGUUCGUGCUGCUGGGGACUGGUCGGAUGUCGACAUAGAGCCGCCCCACGAGGAGCCCUGGUAUAAUACCGUGCCUCACAUUCUGGGUAUCGCAACCAAAUGAGCAAAUUGGCAUAGUCUGAAGUGGCUGAACUAUAUGCAUGUAUACGGCGGUAUUCCGAAUCGUCAGCAUAUAUGCUAGCAAAGAAACGCAUCCGAGGAGCUUGAAGAAAAUUAGGCAGAGCAGGCACAGACCGUGCCUGACGAUACCUCGGGUCGUUUUGGAGAGAUAUUGAUUAUCCACCGC